CAAAUCCAGAAAGCCAGAAAAGAAACAACAAGCUGCGUAGAGAGAGAAACAAGAACAAAACAAUUUCUUUUGGAGAGGGAGACAUAGGGAACUUACACCAAAAUGGCUCUUUACGUCGAUGAAGAAGAGAUAUGGAAAUGUCCAAAGCACCCUUUCAAGCGUCGCCGAACCGGUAUCUGCCACGUGUGCCUCCGCGAACGCCUCUCCUCUCUCUGCCCUGACUGCGCUAACGCGCGCCCCUGCGCUUGCUACGCCACCACCGCAUCCUCCUCCUCCGGCUACUCUUCAUCGUUCUCCUCUUUUCACCGCUUCUCCUCCGAGGCUGGAGUGGGAAGCGUCGGCCGCGUCUCCAAUUUAAUAGGCAGCGAGCCUUCUUUUCGCCGCUCUCGAUCAGUAGCUGUUCCGUUUCUCCGGUCAAAGCCCUCCGCUGACCAGAGCUAUAACAGUCACAAGACGUCGUCGUCGUUUUGGUCGUUAUUCAAGGGAGGACAUGGCAACAGGAGCAUGACAGAGGAGGUUGAUAGACGACACGUGGUCAUUUUAAAGGAGGAGGAGGAUGAAUCGGCGAGAAAGGUAAAUGAAGAUGAGGAGAGGAGGAAGAUGAUGAGGAAGUCAAGAUCGGUGGCGGUGACGUCAGAUUCAAGAGGGAGUGACGUGAUGAGAUCGUCGAAGGGAGGGAAGGGAUGGUUCCCUAGUCCGAUCAAGAUUUUGAAGCAAUCAAUAUCGAGAGGAAUUUUGGUGCAUGAAAGGUCGCCUUUGUACAGGAGUUGAUUUUGUUUUCUUGUAUAGCAAUAAAAAUAAAAAUAACUACUAGUCUUAAACUGCCAUACAGUAACACACGUGCUGCUUCUUUGGCAGACAUGACGACACUAUGUUUUAUCAUGUAAUUUUUGCAAUUUAUGCAUUGGGAAGAGAGAUUAUUACUAUGUGACCAAUCAAAUUUCUUAAUUUAAUCUUCUUUUUCCAGCA